AUGGAGAACGCACCGAUGGAAAAUACGGACAUGGCAUCGCAGGCCGAGGGCAAGCAGUCCCUUCUUGCCAUUGCUUAUGUGCUUUUGGUCCCAUACCUGUCGAUGGAUGCAUUCCCAUGGCUCACUCGUGAGGAAACAACACUUUUUCUCGACCUUUUCGAUUUUCAUUCCUUGAGCUUGUCCGGUCCCAAGUCCGGACGACGUGUCAAGUGUGACGCGUCGGGGGUGAGGGUUGCGACAGAUGCCCCACUGUCGCGGGAGCCUGUUCACAGACUCCAAUAUGAGCGCUUCCGGGCGAAGCCAGGGGCCAGACACCAACUUCAAGCGAGCGACUCAGAUUUUUCCACAUUGUUCCAGAGGGCAAUGUUGAGGAGAGCUGUCAGCACAUUACCAGUAAUGGGCAUUGUGUACAGGUGUCAACAAAUGGGAGUAGCGGCCACCGCUGUCCCUCAACAUGGAGAUGGCAUGACCCAUGGGUGGACUGCCAAGCGAGCUUAUCGGAGAGCCAGGCACAGAGCCGGCAUUUCUGGAGGAACAUGGUACAACGGAAGAUGGCAUACUGCCCAGUCCCUAGGAGCCAUCGCCACCACACCGAUGACACCGAAAACGCGAACCAGUCCAACGCGCUCACCCCAGAGCUUGUCCAAUCGGCUACGCAUUUGUUCGCACAAUGUUGGCAUGCUUUCAACAGAUGCACACGAUGAAUUGAUGUCCUGGUUGCAAAUGAAACAACACCAGUACGAUGUGAUUUGCAUUCAAGAAACGGGGUGGUCCCUGGAACACAUAUACGUGAAUGGACCAUGGUACGUGGUUAGCUCGGGACACUCGACAGAUAGGAAUAGCGGCGUUAUGGUGCUCAUCGCUCGCAGACUUCUUCCAUCUGAUCGUAUCCGUUAUGCGGCCAUCAUCCCGGGCAGAAUUCUACACGUCAAACUGGAGUUCUCCAAUCACCAUGUUGAUGUUUUUUAA